UCACAAGGACGAGACGAGAGUUUAAUUUCUGUUUGUGUACAACAUUUUUGUUUCCUAGAAAAUUUUUAAAAAAUUUAAUUUAUUGAAAUUCGCCAACAUUAUGAAUGAGGAAAAUCUAAAUAUGGACACCGAUGAACCAAAUAUCUCGAACGACUCAGAUUCUAGCAACAGCAGCAAUGAGAAUGAUGAUGGCCAAGAAGAGGUGCUUUUAAGUAGAGCAAAAGAGCUAGAAAACAUCCUCUCGGAUAACAAAUACUUAUAUGACUUCCACACUGAACUUAUUAAUAUUUACAAACAAUUGGGAGAUUUAACAUCUUUUCGAGAAGCAUUUCAGCGUUUUCACGUUUAUUUCCCAUUAACGCCUGCUCUUUGGUUGGACUGGAUCAACACUGAAAAAGUUUUAGCAACCACAGAUAAUCAAAAAGACUUUAUAUUCCAAUUAUUUGAAAAAGCUGUAGUCGACUACUUAUCUGUUCAGUUAUGGUCCGAGUAUGCUCAGUAUGCUAUUGGAGCAAGCAACUUGGAAAAAACGAGAAUAAUUUUAGAACGAGCAGCUAAUGCGGUUGGCUUAGUGUGUAACGGAGGGUCUUUAUUGUGGGCUACAUAUAGAGAAAUUGAAAAUUUGCAUAUUUCGCUUCAUGCAGAAGGCAGUGAAGAAUGGAAAAAGCAAAUUUUGAAAGUGGCUGAUAUUUUCAAAAGAGAACUGUCAGUACCUUUAAUGGAAAUGGAAAAUACUUAUAUGGAGUGGAAGGAGUGGUUGGCAACAUUACCUGAAGGGCUUGUAGAUCCUAAACCAAUUGAUUAUGGCUUUAAUAAGGCUAAAAAAGCACUUGAAACUUACAAACCGUUUGAGGAACAAAUAUUAGUUUCUCAAUCUAAUGAGGAAUUAAUAAAUAUUUACAAAAACUAUGUUAAAGCUGUGAAAGAUCCUUCCACAGUGAUUUGCAUUUAUGAGAGAGCAGCUGUUCAACUUUGUCUUGUUCCAGAAUUUUGGAUCGAAUAUUGCAGCUACAUAUUUAAACUUGGUGAUCAAGCCUUGUCGGUGUCCUCGAAAGCUCUCAGAAAUUGUCCAUGGAGUGAAGAUCUUUGGGUCAUGAAAAUAAGAAUUUUGGAGCAUUUGGAGAAAAAAGAAGACACUGUCAUGGAAUGUUUUGAAGAAGGUAUAUCCGCUAUCUCACCGUUGCCAGGCCUAGACCUCUGGCUAGCCUAUCUGGAAUACACGCAUCGAUGUGUUGGCUCUCCAGAAAAACUCGAUAAACUUUUCAAUACUGCAAUUCAACAGUUGGGUUUUGAAAAUGACCCACAAUGCAAAAUAAGUAGGUUGUUUUGUAGAAUUUUAGCUCAUAGAGGAGAUAUGAAGGAAGCAAGGAAGAUUUAUGGGCACAUUUUGUCUAAAAGCACAAACAAAGGAUUGGCGUCUAUGUGGCUUGAAUAUGCCAACAUUGAAAGACAAUAUGGAGAACAGCAUAAUUUGAGAGUUGUGUUUCAGAGAGCUUUAAAUGCUGUGCAAGAUUGGCCUCAAUCAAUUAUAGAUGAAUGGGUCAACUAUGAGAGGCAUAUGGGAACUUUGGAGGAUGUAAUGAAGUGUCUGGAAAAAUGCAGACAAGUAAAUGGGACUUUUAAGCAAAAUUAUCUGGUUGAAGAAGCAAAAUCUCAACAAAACCAAGAACCCUCAACAUCGAAAGUAAAACAACAUUCUGAAGGCAAAAAGCGUAAAAUGGACUCUCUAGAAAGUAAUAGUAAAUUCAAACGUCUAAAAGAAGAACAUCCAAAAAAAGAAACUAAAAAGCCAGAAAUUCAAAAUAAAAUUCCUGUCGAUAGAAAUCCAAAAACAACAGUAUUUGUUAGCAAUUUGUUGCCAAGUGUCACUGAAAAAAAAUUAGAAACAAUUUUUCCAAAUGCCGUUAACUUGGAGAUAGCAAUAGGCAGUAGAGGACAAUCCAGAUGUUUUGGCUUUGUGCAAUUUAAAACAGAAGAAGAAGUUAUGGUUGCUCUAGCCAGAGACAGAGAGCCUUUGGAUGGCCGUCCGGUGUUUAUUUCUGAAAUAAAGACAAAUCCAACAGAGAAAAAACCUAUUUUUAAAUAUGCCACAAACGAAGAGAAAAACAAACUAUUUGUUCGGGGGUUGCCUAUAGUAAAAACUAAAGAAGAAAUUGUGGAAAUAUUCAAGAAAUAUGGAGCCAAAGAUGUCAGAUUGGUACUUCACAAAAGUGGUCAACCAAAAGGCUUGGCCUAUGUAGAAUUCGAGAGCGAAAAGCAAGCAAUUGAAGCCAUGAAUAAAACCGACCAAACAUCAAUCGAUGACCAUGUAAUAACAGUGGCCAUUAGUGCUCCACCUCCUAAAAAAGACAAACAAGAUUUUUUCGGUAGGACUUUUAAUAAAAGAGACAGUGAUGAACCAACUAGGCAUCCUAAAAACAGAUUGCAAACCUCGCUGUUGCCGAGGUCGUUACAGGUAAAGGGUGGUAAUGAGAAAAACGAUGCUAAAAAUGGUGAAGCGGGAACGAAGAUGAAGAAUAAUAGUGAUUUUAGAGCUAUGCUUUUGAAAAAGUAGAUUGUUUACUUUUUUUUCCAAUUAUUUUUAUGUAAUACAUUUAUUAUAUGACAUUAUGUAGCUGGUCAGUAAAUAUUCAUGCCAU